GCCUUCGUAAAGGUCGCUUCUGGAUCACGCCGGACCCGUACCACAAUGACGACAACAUCCAAAUCGGCCGGGAGGUAAAGAUCAGCUGCCAGGUGGAGGCCACGCCGCCGGAGGAGCUGCAGUUCAGCUGGCUGAAGAACGGCCGACCGCUGAAGAGCUCCGAGCGGAUGGUCAUCACGCACACCGACACCGACGUCUCACUGGGAACCACCAACCUCGACAUCAUCGACCUCAAGUUCACAGACUUCGGCACCUACACCUGCGUGGCCUCGCUGAGGAACGGAGGAGUCCCCGAGAUCAGCAUCGAUGUCAACAUUUCAUCCACCACAGUUCCCCCAGAGCUGACCGUGCCCAGGGGGCGCUCUCACCUCAUCGCUCAGGAAGGCGACACAGUGGACCUGCAGUGUCUGGUCUCAGGGAAACCCAAACCCAUCAUCCUGUGGUCUCGGAUGGAGGAGAGCGGGGCGGCGGCAGCGGCGGCGGCGGCUCUGAUGCCGGACGGCUCGGCUCAGACAGAGAGCUACGACGGCGUCCUGAGGAUCAGCAACGUGACGAGAGAGAUGAGCGGGACUUACCGCUGCCAGACGAGUCAGUACAACGGCUUCAACGUGAAACCAAGAGAAGCUCUGAUCCAGCUGGUGGUGCAGUGUGGGUAA